AUGGGGGUGAAUGAGGAGACCGGGUUUGUGCGAGUGCCCGGGGUGGGUGUGUGUGAGGGGACCUGGCAGACUCACCCGGUCCCCGUCUCCUCAGGAGGUCGGCCGCAUGAAGAUCGAGCUGUUCGCCGAUGUUGUACCCAAAACAGCAGAGAACUUCAGUUUUGUACAGGUGAAUUCAGGAAAGAUGGUGUCCCUAUAGGUUAUAAAGGAAGCACUUUCCACAGGGUAAUAAAGGAUUUCAUGAUCCAAGGAGGUGACUUCGUAAAUGGAGAUGGCACUGGAGUAGCCAGUAUAUAUAGAGGUCCUUUUGCAGAUGAAAACUUCAAGCUGAAACACUCUGCUCCUGGUCUGCUUUCUAUGGCAAACAGUGGUCCCAGUACCAAUGGCUGCCAGUUCUUCAUCACAUGCUCCAAGUGUGACUGGUUGGAUGGGAAACAUGUUGUAUUUGGUAAAAUUGUCGAUGGGCUGUUGGUCAUGAGAAAAAUUGAAAAUGUGCCUACGGGUCCCAAUAACAAACCCAAGUUGCCAGUUGUGAUCUCUCAGUGUGGGGAAAUGUGAAGCAAUGACAGAGCAAUGUGUGUUCCUUUACCGGUGAUUAGACCUGUGCAGGCUCCAUGCAAUUCCAAUUCCAGCCAGCUCACCCACUGCCCCAGACUUCUCCACAGGCCAGAUCCAAUGCUCUUGAAGUUCUCCUGAGAUUAUUUACUAAUGGGAAUCUCUUUUUCUCUUUUUUUUCUCCUUUUUUUUUUUUUUUUACAUUUUGAAAUGUAAAUAAAGAAUUUUUCUUAAACAUGUGCAGUGCACAUCAAUUAACAUUUGUGGGAAUGGAUUCUUCUCCAGGUGAGAAGGGCUGUGUAACAUCUUCAGCAACAUUCAUUAUCCCUGGCUGGUUCAGUCAGGAACAUUUACUGCAUGGUAUAGAGAGAAAGUAGGGGUGAAAGGAGGUAACUACAACUCCCUGGCUGGCAGAAAGGUUCUUGGCAUCUUGGCAAUCUCUAGAACCUUUUUGUGCACAGCCUUACUGAGGCUUUGAUUUAUAUCAAUAUAAAUAAAAAUAUAAAUAUCAAUUUACUGAGAAAUUGAUAUAGCACAGAUUCCAUCACCAUGAGUGCUGGGCUCAGAGGAGAGUUCUGAUGUAAAUAAAUGUCUUUCAGCCUUCCCCUAGCACCAGGUAGCACCAGGCCAUGGAGCUGUUACAUGCCAAGUGUUGGAGGAGGAGUUCACCUGGGUACUUACAGGGGUGUUGGAGCACACCUGUCACCUGGGAAACACAGAAUGGUGAUGCUAUAGGAAUGAAACUGGGGCUGCUUGUCCUGUGUAGUGAGGAGAGUGCAGCUGAGGCUGCUUUUCUUCUCCCAGAACAGAGCUGGGAGCUCACCCACCUGGCAAGGGACAAGCCAGCACCCUGCACAGGGCUGGCUUCCAGCAGGAACUUCUCACCCAGCUGUUUAAAGGUAAAGGACCUGUUUAAGUUAGAAUCUGUUCUAUCACAAGCAGGUGCUUCAUCCCAUGUGGAGAGAUCCCAUCCCUCCCUGGGCCAGCAGCUGUAGGGUGCUCUCUGCCUGAGCUGGGCCAGCACUGACAUGCUGGAAGAAGCUCCCACAGGCUUGGCUGUGCUCUUUUUUUUUUGUCAUGGCUCUUUGAAAUCCUGGCAGCAGGCUCUGGCUGUCAGCAUUCCUAUGUCCCCAUUCCUGGGAUUGCACAGCAGCUGAGGACACUCUCUUCUCUCCAGCCUGAGGCAUGUCACUUUGUACCUGCAGAACAUCAGGUGAUAGAAGAAGCACAGACACCCCAAUCCUUUCUUCCCCAGCCCCACAAAUGCUUUGCAGAGGGCUUUUCCUGUGAGGGGAAGGUUGAAGAUUCUCAACAGGCUGGCUCAGGUGCCUCAGGGAGCUAUACCUGGCAAUGCCGUGCUGAGAUUUGCACUUCUGGCUGCUGGUACCCAAAUUCACCAUUUUUUCACCAGGGAAACCAGUUUAUUUCUGGUCCAGGCUUAGCAGAACUUUUUCAGCCUGAUGUAUUUACAUCACUGCCAUCAGCUGGUCUCACUUCCUGCAUACAGGGGUCACAGAGCUUCCCCAGAUUAAUUAAGAGUGGCAAACACAUUACAACCUCUUUGUUGUUACAUUGGCUAAUUACAUCCCGUUAUAUUUCUAUUCAACAUGGAAUGUGCAGGGUUCCAGCUUUCCAGCUUGUGUGCCUUGUUCCUUACCUACUGGCUGAAAGUCUUCUCAAAGACCACAUUUUUGGUUGAAUUCCCCCAUGAUGACAUCACCCUUGUGUUGUAUGUAGCAAAUCUUAGAAUGUCCUCCUGUAGAGGAGAUGAUGGAGCUCUUCUCAGCUCCAGCAUCUUCCUCCAGCUGUGGAUGCUGCAACUAGAGAUGGUGUUUCUGGUGGCCUGUGCAUUUCCCUGAGGGUCUGAGCUGCCUCUGGACCCCACAGUGUUACCCCCCAAAAACAUACUUGGGGCCCACAGUUUCAGCUGUUGGUGCAUGGCCCUGACAUCCCCAGAGAUUUUCUCCCAGAGCUGAAGUUUUCUCCACCAUUUUCUCCCUCAUGGGCCUGGUGUAUUCCUUAAUUCCCAUUCUAUUGUAAGAUUAUUUUUUCAGGUGACUCACUAAGCAGCAUCCAAUUUUGACAUCAUUCUAGCUUCUUUAUCCAGGUCAUCAUCCUGGUGCAGAUCCUUUUGGGAUUGUGUUAUUGUUUUCAAGCCCUUCCCUUCGUUAACUGAGCUGAAGAUGAGGUGGAAGAGUUCCAAAGAGAGCUGGAUGAGACCAGUGUUCCUAUGGAUUGA